AUGGAUCAACUUACUGAACUACGGUCUUACAAGAGCCUUUUCCGGAAUACCAAUUUCAGCAGAUAUUUUAUAACACCAUAUAACUUUACAGGAGCAGAGGAAAUAUUCCAGGAGUUCACCAGCAACUUGUAUACGGUACAUGAGUAUUCCACCGUGAUCCUGCUGACUUUAUACGUACCGAUAUUUAUGGUGGGACUCUGUGGCAACAUUCUGAUCAUCAUUUCUUCCGUUCGUGAGUCAAAACUGAAAAAAACUAAGAAUUUCUUUCUUGCUAAUUUGGCGUUGGCUGACCUCGCUGUGACUUUAUUCUGUAUGCCAACAUCAGUUGGCACUAUCGUCUACCGUCUGUGGAUUUACGGGAGAUUUCUGUGUAAGUCGACAGCAUUUCUACAAGGUGUGUCUGUUGCAGUCAGUAUCUUUUCCCUGACGGCUAUGAGCGUCGACCGAUACGUGUCUAUACAACAUCCGGUUGCUGCGCGGAGGAUCAUGUCUUCCUCGCAGGCUUUACUAAUUAUUGGAUGUAUGUGGGUGAUCUCCGCCAUCUUUAUGGGUCCUUUAUUGUACAUCCGGGAUGUUUCAGUCGUCGAGAUGCCAACUCUACCGCCGUUAACAUUUUGCAUUGAAGACUGGCCCCAGGACCGCGAUAGGGAAGCCUAUGGUCUCUUCCUCUUGUUCGUCGUGUUUCUUAUUCCUGCUGGUACCCUUGCCAUUUGUUAUGUCAACGUCGGCCGAACACUUUGCACGAAUGAAAUAUCUCGUGAAGGAUCAGAUAGUAGCACAAGGGGUUUAUUUUCCCGGAAACGAGCCGCACGCAUGCUCAUUAUUCUGGUGAUUGUAUUUAUGGUGUGCUGGCUUCCCUACAACAUCGCGUCAUUGUUUUCUGAUAUGACAGAAGGAAGUCAGCUUUUAUACAUUAUAUUUUUCUCCUUAUGGCUUGGGCAUGCGCACAGUGCAAUCAAUCCAGUCAUGUUUUGGCUUUUGAAUAGGCGUUUUCGAGAGAGAGUUCGAGGAAUAAUGAGAUAUGUUCAGAACAGUAGCUGUGGGUCUGCUGCAGCUCAUUCUCUACCCGAGUACGUGUGA